ACUACCUACCUACCUACUACAUACCGAUACCUACAUACAUCCAUAUGUACUUAGUAUGUAUGUAAGUAACUACCCCUAGGUAUCUGAGGAAGAUAGAACAGAAUACCUACUGGUAGAAGUGGGCACUGUAUGUACCUUACAGUGCAGAGCCGGGACCCCUGACCCAGGACCCAAAAGUGUGAAAGAUGAUUGGUCAAAGCUCUGCCCCUCGCUACCACAAAGGUACUUUACAGUACAUAGCAGGCACUCUGUAGGCACUUUGUAGGCAACCACCCACUCUGACACAGCAACCCCUCCCCCGCUAAGAACCCCCCACUGUACUAAGUACGGUAGGUACCAUGUUCCUCAUCGUUCCCUAGAUUCCUAGAAGCUUCUGUUGCUCUCAGCCUCAUUCCUCAUUCCACAGGCCAGGCCUACCGCAACCGUGAUUUGCUUCUUUCUUCUCGCUUCUCCGCUCGGCUCAUAACUCAAGUCUCAAAUCAAACCCCAGCAGUCUGAACUGCCAACCAAGUUGCACCAGCUUACAAACAAUUGGUUGAUUCUGCCAUCAAGGUUCGCUUCUGCAUCGUCACUCUAGUCACGCCAAUCCGAUACGCAAACCGACCGUGCUACAACGUAACUCCUCAACACAAUGGCCGAGGAGACCAAGAAGCGCAGCCGUGUCUUUUUCGACAUCACAAUCGGCAAGAAGGCCGCCGGCCGCGUCACCUUCGAGCUAUACGAUGACAUCGUUCCUAAGACAGCCGAGAACUUCCGCUGUCUCUGCACUGGCGAGAAGGGCCUCGGAAAGAGCGGCAAGCCCCUCACCUACAAAGACAGCAGCUUCCACCGUGUCAUCAAGCAGUUCAUGAUUCAGGGUGGUGACUUUACCGAGGGUAAUGGCACCGGCGGCGAGAGCAUCUACGGCGCCAAGUUUGAGGACGAGAACUUUGAGCUCAAGCACGAGAAGCCCUUCCUGCUGAGCAUGGCCAAUGCUGGACCUGGUACCAACGGAUCCCAAUUCUUCAUCACCACGGUCCCGACGCCCCAUCUGGACGGCAAGCACGUCGUUUUCGGAGAGGUAAAAACAGGAAAGUCGAUCGUGCGACAGAUCGAGAAUCUGAAGACGCAAAACGACAAGCCCCAACAAGAUGCGACCAUCACGAACUGCGGUGAGCUUACGGGGCCCGCUGAAGAGGAGGUCAAGACCGCGGAUCCGCUGGGCGACACAUACGAGGACUUCCCUGAGGACGAGACGGCCAAUGAGCCGCUAGAUGCCGCCAAGAUUCUACAAAUCGCCACGGACUGCAAGGAGUUCGGCAACAAGGCAUUCAAGGCGGGCGAUGUCCUGACAGGUCUUGAGAAGUACCAGAAGGGCCUGCGGUAUCUUAACGAGGACCCGGACCUAAGCGAGGCCAGCGAGGACGUGAAGACGAAGUUGUCAGCCCUGCGCUUCACGCUGAACUGCAAUUCAGCGCUGUUGAACCUCAAGCUUGAGGCCUGGCAGGACGCCGAGAGUAGUGCCGCCUCGGCCCUCGCCGUCUCGGGCAUAUCAGACGCUGAGAAGGGCAAGGCCCUGUAUCGUCGCGGCUUGGCCCUCAUCAAGCUGAAGGACGAAGAUGAAGCCGUCAAGGCGCUAGAGGAGGCGCAGAAGCUCGUCCCUGGUGACGCCGCUAUCACCAAGGAGCUCAACACCGUGAAGAAGCAGGCCGCCGCCCGUCUGGCCAAGGAGAAAGCUGCCUACAAGAAGUUCUUCUCGUAAAGACCCAACAAAGAAAGAGUUAAAUAAAUGUUAAUGACAUCCUCUCAUCAGCCAAGCUAAUGCGAGACCUGGCUUCGGUUGGCCAAGCUAGUCUACUUACCUCCCCAUCCCGCCUGCUACCGCAUCUCGUUCCGUGUAGCACUCUGGGGCAAUGUAGCCUAGUUAGAUGCCGCAAACAACCCCCUCAAUAGUAAGCGAACAGACAGAUAGUUGUGUAGGGUGAGGUGUACUACCUGUUCAAAAUGAAGAAAAUAAUUUCUAAGAAUACUAGCACUUAAGAAAUAUUUAUUUAAGACUCGGCAUGGUUCGAUACAGUACGAGAAGAAUAGGUUAAGUCAUACUCCAUUGUUGAAAUAUUCCCGAAAGAAGAUGCAACUAAUAGAAUCAUCUCAUUUAUUGAUCAUACUCAUGACGACAU